GGUGGCGCCAGCGCCUAUUCGCCGCGGAGAAAAGAGCGCGUCUUCCGUUCAUGCCGCUGCCGCUGGCGACCGCUGUGGCGCACCUGUCGGCUCUUCGACGGCGUGCAGGCAGGCGUGCACGGACCUGCUCGGACCGCAGUGGCUGAGACCAUACCUCGCUUCGUCCGUAAUCGGUUAGUUUCAUCGGGGCCACAGUCGCCUCGAAAUCGCUUUUGUUGCUCUACGGUCGCCCGCUGUGAUCUUUUGAAAGUUGUGCACGCAGCAUCGACUCAUCACCGGCAAUGCGUUCCUGACAUCUAAGUACUGUUUUAUUCUGCGCAAAUGGCACCGGCACCGAAAGUGAAAAAGGCUACGCAAACUCACUGCUUCGCCCCCGGCUGUACAUCAGGGUAUGUGUCGUCGAGGCAGUCUGAUCGGCGAGUAUCCCUGUUUGCCGCGCCGAAGGACCCAGAACGUUUUGAAGCCUGGCAGCGAGCAAUCCCCCGUGCUGACAAAACACUCGACGCGCGCUCAGUGCUUUGUGAUCUGCAUUUUGAUGAACAGUUUAUCGUGCGGGUUUUCACGCACGUCAUCAAUGGUCAAACCGUGACAAUCCCACGCGAUCGCCCUGUUUUGACGAGUGAUGCGAUUCCGACCAUUUUUCCCAACGUGCCAUCAUAUUUAUCGAAGAAGCCACCGCAGAAAAGGAAGUCAAAAACGUCGAGCUGCGGCUUGCCUUCAAAGACCCUCCGACCAGAAGCCAGUACAUCUUUGCCUGUCGAGGUAUGUGGGACGGAUGCUGAAGUAAACCACUCAAGGGCAGCACCUCCUGUUGACUUGCCGUUAAUCUCCGACCUCUGGAACUGCGAGCUACCAAGCCCCUACUGGGCUAAACACCUUGUUGCUGGAGCUGACAAAGUCACGGUUUUCACUGUGUGCGCUCUUGAUGGCCAGAGCCUUUGUUUUGAAAAGGUGGUGUUGGUCACUGCUAAUGACCAAGCCGUUCGUGCCACCGUGUUCGUUCAAGCCACCGAGGUGAAGAUUGUUGAGCUGGUCAAUGUGGAGAUGGCAGAAGAGCUGCUUCGGCAGGUGGAUUCCUUGACUCCUUGCAAAGGCUUUGGUGAGAAAGGGGAGUUUCCCACAAAUCCAAGGCGCAGGACCAAGGCCUGUGGUGGCAAGAAUUUCAGUGCAUCGUGCCCUGGAAUUUCUCAGACACCAGGGAAACCUUGUCCACAGUGCAAGUACCUGAGGAAGCUGCUUCUCAACCAAGCUAGUUACAAGAAAAGAACCGCGAAAGCCCGGGCUCGGACGCCUUCAUACAAAACAAAGCUGAGGAAUGCCCAGCUGAAAAGGUGCAGGGUCAGCAUCUCGAAGCUAAAAUCAAAAAUACACAAUCUGAGACGGAAAAGUGCGGAAACGGACACAUCUUCAUUCGAAGACAAGAUAAAAAACAUGCCCGUUAAGCAGCAGCAGCAGAUUAAGGCAUGCCUUGCUGCAUCAAGACGGAAAAGCACAAAAGGAAUGAAGUACGAGAGUGAAUGGGUGCUUGAGUGUGCUGUGAUGUGUAUGAAAAGCCCUCGCCUCUAUGAGCACAUUAGAAAAAACAAGAUCAUGAUCCUGCCUUCUCGUACAUCUCUGCGUCGCUACCUGAAGAGCUACAGAAGUGGCUUUGGUCUGAGUGAAAAGCUCUUUGCAGCUGUAGCAGAGAAGACCAGGUCAAUGAAUUCUUUUCAGUGCCAUGGCGGCCUCCUGAUUGACGAGAUGAAGUUAUCGGAGCACCUGAGACUCGCAUCAGAUGGAAACAUUGAAGGUUUUGUUGAUCUUGGCAAGUUAACGCCAGAGAGUCAGAAGACUCUGGGAUGUGAUCACGGCCUUGUGAUCAUGUUCCAGCCUUUUACUGGCAAGUGGCACCAGAUCCUUGGUGUGUUUGCCUCCCACAGUAACGUGAAGGCAGAAACUCUCACUCAGAUUAUCCUGGAGGCCGUGAUCAUGAGUGAGAAUGCUGGACUCCACGUGGACUUUAUCACUUGCGACGGAGCAGCCUGGAACAGAAGCAUGUGGCGUUCGUUCGGCAUAUCCGCAACAAAAGACAAAACGGUCUGCAGGAGGCAGCACCCCACUGAUCCAGAACGGUUCCUUUAUUUUGUGUCGGACUUCCCACACCUUGUGAAGUGCGUGAGGAACAGCUUUGUGCGGACAGGCCUGAAGACGCCAGAAGGGCAUGCCACUGUUGACCAUUUGGACUGUGCCCGUAAGUGUGAUGAAAGACACGACACCACGCUGAAGGCUAUGCCACAUGUCAACAAGUCGGUCGUUCGGCCAAAUGGCUUUGAGAAAAUGAGAGUUAACUAUGCCUUUCGGCUAUUCAGUGACGAAGCUCUCCGAGGUCUCUUUUUAUAUGAAGACGAGAUUGAGAGACAACAUGGAAGUACAGCUGCCACUAUCAGCUUCGUCGAAAGGAUGCGAAUGCUCAUUGAAGCCAUGACGUCCAGGUGCAGUUCAGGCGCGCUGAGACCUGGAAAUGUGCAAGAAGAGUGCAUCAAGAGCUUCUUGGCCUAUUUGGAUAAAUGGGAAGAAGCAGCAGGAGGACAAGGCUAUCUGAGCCGCAGCGCAGCUGAAGGACUGCGCGUCACACUGUCGAGCACCUUAUCUCUGCUGAAGUAUGUGACAAGCGAACUCCAAUACCGCUACAUAAUGACAUUCCGGAUGAGCCAAGAUGGGAUUGAAAGACUCUUUGGCAUUGUAAGGCAGAUGUUGGGGUGCAAUGACCAUCCAACACCCAGCCAGUUCUUGAUUUCCAUCAACUGCCUGAGUUUUCAGAACCUGGCAAAAUCACCACCUCAUGGCAAUGUGUCCAGUGGGCUUUUAAAGAGUCUCGUAGGGGUGGAUGAUGCAAAGGAGACAAUGUCUCAGAAAAGAGUAGACGAGCUUCUAGACGUAGGAGACCUGACUGAGGCGUACAAGGUGCUUAGCGGUUGUGGUAUUGAGCACACUGCAAUGGUCGCACAAGCCAGCGAUUCAAGGCUCAUCUUUUACAUUGCUGGCUACGUCGCAAGAAAGAGCAUCGUUGGCACAAAAUGUGAUGAAUGCUGUCAUGAACUGCUUCAACGUAAGGACGGGCCUGCUCCAGCUUCAGCAUGCCUCACCGCUGCGGUUGAUCGGGGAGGUCUUGUGUACCCGUCAGCGAAGCUGAACGCGCUUGUGAGGUCGCUUGAGAACACCUUUACGUACUGUUUUAGUGUGAAGCAGGUGAGAAGGGAAAGCCUCAUGGACCUAGUGUCCUUUCUGCAGGUGACCAAGCUGACCCUUGUUGGUUGUUCCGAUCACAGUGUCCCUCUGACGAACAAAAUCAUCAAGUUCUACGUUCUGACAAGACUUCAUUUCCACGUGAAGACACAGAAUUCGAAGCGAAAGGAGAGACGCGAAAGGAUGAGGCUGCUUAAGCAGAGACGUGUGCUCUGAUUUUCAUUCUUGCGAGCGACACAUUAAGUCCAGGGUUCUUUUUAUUGUGAAAUAUUAUUUUUAUAUUAAGUGAGUGAUGUGUGAUCUGGCAAGACUUCAGCCCGGCAGCAAUAUGCAGACGUGAACUUUAUUUUGUGUUGAUGAACUAGACUUCAUGUAUUAGACGUGUUUAGCUUCAUUUGUAAUUAGAUUUAUUUUGUGUUGAUAAACUUAAAUUUCUAUUCUAGACGUGGUUAACUUGAUGUGCAAUAAACAGUGUUUGCAUA